ACAUCCUGCAGCGCAGGUCCCACCCGAUUUGAUGUAUAAAAUGAAUUCUGACAAUUUACAGAGUGGAUGCACAGAAAACAAACCGGAAUCUUUGCUUUUUGCCCUCGAAAAGUACUGUAUUCCUUGAUUUUAAAAUCUCUAUAGGAAACUGCUCCCAAUCCACAAGUAGUAGUCGUCGUCGUCUUUAGAGCAGUUAUUUCCUUAAUUUACGAAGUAUUAUCCUUUCUGUUCUUCAGUUUAUUUCAAUUUUAACUCCUGUGUUUUAAUAAGAAUCAAUUUUUUGGGUAAAGAAAGACCCACUAGUUGGUUUUCGUUUUCGGGUACUUGUCUGAUGCCGGAAGUGAGGUUGAGUGAGGACGAAGCUGCGUUUCUUUCGAUGCAUUUGAGAGUUUAGAUUGAUUGCGAAAUGGGUGUUUGAUGAUUGUGUGAGAGAUCCGGAAAAUAGGGCAUGGAACCCCCAAGGAGAUUUUGUGAUUCUUUGUGGAACUUCAUACGGUUCUUGCCUUACUUCACUGGCCUUCUAAUUCUUGGCUUUAUCAAAGGUAUCAUAUUAUUCCCAUUCAUAUGUCUUAUAAUGACUAUUGGCAUAUCUGGAAUAAUUUUGGGUCUUUGGCCAAUACACUUUUCCUAUACAUGUUAUUGCAUUUUGAGAACAAAACAAUUUGGGCCAGUUUUGAAGGUUCUACUUUGCCUAUGUACGGCUGUCAUCUCAAUUUUAUGGCCUCCAGUUGGAAUAGCGAGUAGCGUUUUAGGGGGAGCAGCAUAUGGCUUCCUUGCACCAAUGUUUGCCACUUUUCAGGCAGUCGGGGAAAGGAAGAGGGAUAAAGUUUAUCACUGUAUUUGUGAUGGAACUUGGGGUACAGUUGAAGGUAGCUUCACCGUCAUUAGGGAUUUUAUGGAUGUUUGUUACCAUUCGUACUUUUCAAUUAUGGAUGAUCUACUGUCCGAAGGAAAGUAUUAUGAAAUUAGGUUGCUCUAUCUUCCUUUAGCUCUUGCAAUCGGAGUACUUGGAGCUAUGGUUGAUCUACCAGUGAUCUCGAUUAUUGCGUUCUGCAAAAGCCCUUGCAUGCUUUUCAAGGGUUGGCAUCGUCUGUUUCAUGAUUGUAUAGGUCGAGAAGGGCCAUUCUUGGAAACAAUAUGUGUGCCAUUUGCAGGACUAGCAAUUUUACUCUGGCCAUUGGCCGUUGUUGGGGCGGUUUUGGGUUCCAUGGUUUCAAGUAUCUUCUUGGGCGCUUAUGCAGCUGUAAUAGUGUAUCAGGAAUGCUCUAUUUGGUUUGGACUUUGUUAUAUUACCGCUUCAUUGUCCAUUUACGACGAAUACAGCAAUGAUGUUCUAGACAUGGCUGAAGGAUCCUGCUUCCCUAGACCACGUUACACGAAGAAGGCUCCAUCACAAACAAACUCUCGUUCCACUUCUUUCUCAAGGCCCAGCUCUUUCAAAAAGCCACCAUCUCGUACAACUUCUCUUCCUGCACCUAUGAUUGAGUUGAAGCCCCUCGAGUUAGCCGAUUCCUUAUUCGAGGAGUGUCAACGCCAUGGGGAAAUUAUGGUUUCUAAAGGGAUAAUAACCCUAAAAGAUAUUGAAGAUGCUAAGAAUAAGAUAGGAAGUGGAAAGGUGAUAACCAUUGGUUUACCUGCUUAUUGCAUUUUCCAGGCACUUCUGCACUCUGUAAAAUCUAAUUCCACUGGUAUAUUGUUAAAUGACAAUACAGAAAUAACUACCUCAAAUCGGCCAAAGGAUACAUUCUUCGAUUGGUUUCUUAAUCCACUAUUAAUCAUUAAAGACCAGAUUAAAGCUGACAACCUUUCUGAGGCCGAGGAGGAAUACCUUGGCAGAUUAGUCUUAUUGAGGAGCGAUCCUGCACGGUUAAAGAAUACAAAUAUCGGCCCACCACCUGAAUCUGAGCUAAGACUAGCUGAACUUGAUGCAUUAGCUCGAAGACUUCAAGGGAUAACUAAGUCUAUAACAAGAUAUCCAACAUUUAGGCGCCGUUUUGAUGAAAGUAUGGAAAUCAUUUUACAAGAGCUCGUUAAGAAGAACGGCGAGAACUCAAAAUCGAGGGGCAGUAGGCCUCAAACAGUUCCCAGGUCAAAAAGCAUGUUCGCUCGGAUAUUAAGCCAGGAGUCUUUUAACAGCAGAAAGGACAACUCGGGUUCUGAUCAAGAGGCUCAAACAGUUGUCCAAAGAGAUGUAGAAAUUGGAUAAAGAGAUGUACCUAGUUAGAAACAAUCAUGCUAUGCUAACAUAAAGGUUCGACAUAAUGACACACGACAUUUUAUCAUUGGACAGUUUAAAACAUAGCCAGCUUUUUCAUCAAAUCAUAUGUUGCCACAUGCAAUUAUAUCAAGCUUUUUGUCAAAUUUUUCUGGCGAAGUAGCUUUAUCCAGUUAGAAACAUGUCUGUAACUUCUUGUUGUAUCAGUUGCUGUUUGUUUUGCUAUUGGUAGAUGUUUCUCCUUUGUAAUUUUCAUACUGACUCCUAUAUUUUCGAGGUUUUCGUAGAUAGUAUAUGUCUCCUUUAUUGAUUGAA